AUGUCGACAUUACUUUCAGCCGGUCAAUUACCGCCCAAUCGCCACGAUGAUUUGGACAACUACGACUUAUCAGACGAUCCAUUCGCAUCGCCCAGCCCCUCACCUCGAGCCAAGAAGCGCAAGGAGCCCCCGUCACAGGGCCUAGGUAUAGACGAGGAGGUUUCCGUCCAGAAACGCGCAAGACCUCCGCUCGUGAAGCUCGAUGAAGACAGAUUAUUAGGUCCCGCCGGACUGCCCAAACUUCGCCAACGAGCACGCGAAUUGAAAAUCAAAGGCAAGGGGCACGAGUUCUCAGACGCAGCUCGCCUCUUAUCAUUCUACCAGAUGUGGCUUGACGACUUGUUCCCCAAAGCCAAGUUUCUCGAUGCACUGGCCAUGGUGGAAAAGGCAGGACACAAGAAACGCGUCCUAACAGCCAGGUCCGAGAUGAUCAACGAGUCAAAACCAAAGGAUACAAUAGAAGAAGUCGACUCUGCACUCGAUGCCUUCGAUUCUGUUGAACCUGUUGAGGCUGGAUCGUCCAAAGACGCAAGGCCGCAAACACCAUUACAGGACGACAUACCGGAUGACGAGGACCUGUAUGGGGCAACACCAAGGAUCACGCGUACGCAGCAGCACGAACCAGACGAUGAAGACGACCUGGAUGCACUUAUUGCCGAGUCAGAAGGGCAAGACAGCAAGCAGAAAUCUCAGGUGGUCGAUAUUCACGACGAGGACGAUCUGGAUGCGCUAAUUAUGGAAGCAGAGACUGCGGAUCACGGAAACGCGGUGCAGAAAACGGCAAAUGCGAAUAAUGAUGAUUUUGCAGAUGAGGAGGCUGCUAUGCAGGAAAUGGAUGGUAUAUGGUAA